AUGUUUCACUCGCUGCGAGAUUUUUAUCGACUUGGGGUCGUUGCUAUAUUCAUUUUCGCCCUGAUCGAACAUGUCAACGGAAUUGCUAUGGAGUAUUGUUCAAGCUUGAAUACUGCCACUACCAAUGGAAAUUCCUCUAUUUACCAGUCGGAUGGUCUCUGUCACGAUUUCUGCACCGACUAUGCAUUUGCUAUAGUGCAAGCAGAAUAUUGUUGGUGUUCGAAUUAUGCACCUGGAACCACAACGUCGACGAGUGAUUGCGAUUCUCCAUGUCCAGGUUACCCACCCGACACUUGUGGCGGCAGUGGUACGUACGGUUAUAUGGCAUUGGGACUAUCUCCAUCUGGGACAAAAGGUGCUGCGACAUCGUCAACUUCAUCUACGACGAAAACUACUUCCUCAACAAGUACCUCGGAUACCUCUACUACUACUCCAACAAUACAACAAACUACAGUAGCUGCCCAGCAAACAACCCUAGCCGAUACAACAAGUUCUAGCUGGACACCAACUCCAAUCAUAUCACUUGAAACUAUCACAGGACAAGUACGUACGGUUACUGUUACACCAACCGCACCACCAAGCGAGUCAAGCACUUCAUCGGUCUCGAGAAAAAGUGCAGGUGGCUUAACAACUGGGGGUGCUGUGGGUCUCACAAUUGGUCUGGUAGCUUUGAUUGCAAUUAUUGUUGGUGUUACGUACUUCUGUAUAAGGAAGAGAAGGCAACAAAAGGCCGAAGAAUAUGCUGCCGUCAACAGUCGAAGGGAAAGCUUAGCUGGUGUAGGCGGACCGAUUCCAGCGAGAGGCAUGAGCGAGAAUUCACGAUAUGUUCUCGGUACCGAUGGGAGACGUGUCGUAGAAAGAUGGGAGCCAGAAUUAAACACACCUGGGUCGAGAGGAAGUCAAUUAAUGCCUGUGGAUCCAAGAUUAGAUCCUUUUGCUGCCGUUUAUCAACGUGGAGAGAACAAGAGUCGAGAAAGCAUAAAUACCAUACGAGAUGACCACGACUAUUCCAGGCGUGUUCAUCAACAAGGACCGAUACUUCGAGCUGUCAACCCUGAUCCCGAUUAA